UGCCAAUAGGCAUAUAUAAACAUAACAACUAAGAACAUGACAACAUGUCUCUCUUUUCAAUAUCAAACCGAAUGAUAAACAAAUCUUUAAUUAAAAACUGCUUAAACUAUUGCCAAAUAGCAACUGCACUGCGUCCAAAGAAGGGCAAGUCAUCGCGCAAAGAGGCACAAUACUUUUCGGAUGCGAAAAGAGUGAGAACUGUUGGCGGCAAAGGGGGAGACGGCUGCGUCUCGUUCCUGCAACUAUGGUGCAACGAACGCGCCGGACCCGAUGGCGGCGACGGUGGACAUGGUGGCCAUGUCAUCUUCCAGGCCUCCAACGAUGUGCGUAAUUUUAAUCACGUGAAUAGCGUGCUGCGCGCCAGCGAAGGUGGCAUUGGCAGCGCCAAGGAUUGUCAUGGCAAGAAUGCCAAGCAUACGGUGAUUAAAGUGCCAAUUGGCACAGUUAUCCGCAAUACCGAAGGUCUGAUUGUGGCCGAUUUGGCCAAUGUUGAUAUAAUGUUUGUGGCCGCACGUGGCGGAGCUGGCGGCAAGGGUAAUCGCUUCUUUACCACCGACACGGAGACCAGUCCCAAAGUGUGUGAAUAUGGACCGCCCGGCGAGGAGUGCAGCUACAUUUUGGAGUUACGCAGCAUGGCCGAAGUGGGUCUGAUUGGCUUUCCCAAUGCCGGCAAGAGCACACUACUGAACGCUCUGACACGUGCCAAGCCGAAGGUAGCACCAUAUGCUUUUACAACGCUGCGACCACAUCUGGGAACUGUGCAAUACGAUGAUCAUGUGCAGCUGACCAUCGCGGAUUUGCCUGGACUGGUGCCGGAUGCACAUCGCAACCGAGGGCUGGGCAUACAGUUUUUGAAGCAUGCCGAGCGCUGCACCUUAUUGCUAUUUGUGCUCGAUGCCAGCUCGCCGAAUCCGUGGAUGCAGUAUAAUCAAUUGAUGCACGAACUGGAGAAGUUUGGCGGCAGUUUGGCGCAACGGCCACAACUGGUGGUGGCCAAUAAGAUGGAUGUGGCAGCCAGUGCAGAGAAUUUCGAGCAGUUACAGCAGCAGCUGAAACAACCCGAUCUCCUGGGCAUCAGCGCCAAAAUGGGUCACAAUCUGGCGCAACUCUUGAGCAGCAUACGUGCCGCCUACGAUCGACACAAGGCGCAGGAACAGGAGCAGAGAAGAGUUUAGUCGAUUUUCUAAAUAUAAACAUUUAGCUGUAAUUAUUUACUUAAAUAUAUAUAUAAAAAAAAUUAAA